AUGCCUGAGCACUGCAAGAUCCUCAAGCCUCUGCCAGAGAAGGCAGAGAUUUGCGAGCCGACAGCUCAAGUCCUUGGAGAUCUUGACCCAAGCUCCCACUGCGUGGUGUACAGCGUCAUGGAGAACAAGAAGAGUUGCAACGAGUUCUGCACCGAGCAGGGCGCCAAAUGCGCCAAGGCCGUGGAUGACCUCCGUGUGAGGAAGCCAUGCCAGUACAACUUCAACAGCCCUGUAGACUGUGAGACCAGCAACUACUAUGACGUGCACUGCAUUUGCGAAGUGGAGGUGGAGGAGCCGCCAAAAAACGAUUGCGAGUACCUGCUCCCUCUGACCGGGAAGAACGAAAAGGAGUGCACCAAGGGCUACUUCACGCAGGAGCUGAAGGACGGCGGCAAGAAUUGCGUUGCCCUCGCCCGGCUGUACAAGAGGAGCACCUGCGACGAGUGGUGCGAAGGCAAGGGUGCGACUUGCGUGGAUGCCGUGGACAACACCGAUAUCGGCAGCGGCUGUGAAGGUUUCUAUGACAAGGCGGAGGAGGUCAAUUGCCAGAGCACUGGCUUCAUGGAUCUCCAUUGUGUCUGCACAGAGACCACGACCACCACCACUCCCGGUUGCGACUCCCUUCUGCCCUUCGCCAACCCCGGGGAGAAGCUGUGCACGGAGGGGUCCCUGGUUGAAGCGCUCGAGGAUGGCGGUCAGAAUUGCGUGGCCUACGCCGUGCUCGGCAAGAAGUCGUCGUGCAACGACUUCUGCGAGGCACGGAACUCCGUGUGUGUGGAUGCCAUCGACAACAAGGUGAUCGGUGAAAGCUGCGAGUAUGACACGGAAGAGGCAGUGGCCUGCAACAUGAAGCACUUCUUCGACAUGCACUGCGUCUGCCGGAAGCCCUUCCAGGAAGGAUGUGGGACCGUUCAACUUUGCGACGAGGUUUGCAACAUCACCUACAUUGGGGACAAUCACAAGGCCCGCUGCUUGCAGCACUGCGCCAGCGACGCCGAGAAGUUCCUGGACUUCACCAAGGGCUGGUGCGGGGCGGGCGAGUUCUGCCAGGUGGACGAGGAGGUGGCGCUUCUUCAGCGCAAGGUCGGCAAGUCCCAGCACGACCCGGUCCCUUGCCGCACCGCCGACGAGUACUGCUCGGGGCUCUGCAGCUCCUUGGGCUAUCUCGCCGGCUGCGAGCACAAGUGCAUGUCUGUGGCGCACUCCCUGAAGGUCCUUACCAACAGGUUCUGCACGGACUGUGUCGAGCCCCUGAAGGAUGAUGAGUGA